GACAAGUGCAAUCUAAUGAAUGACAUAGAUUAAAUUUUUACGAUUUUCUUAUCAUUUUGAAUAGUGUUAUCUUAUAUCUAUACAAAUACACAUAUAGACGAUAGACAAACAUCACAACAUCACCACUAAAAUAAAAAUGAAUUUAAAUAAUGGAGAUCCAUCUUUUCAUUCAUCUUCCUCUUCCGAUUCAUUUGGUUUGAUGAAUGGUUGGUAGAUGACAAUGCAGCAAUGGGGAGGGAAAAUCAAAUUGCGGUCAAUUUAUUAGUUUACAACAAUCGGCUUAUUCACCAACUCACUCGAAAUAGCAAUCACUUUCUCGGUCGUAGUGGAUCUCCCACAAUUAUUCUUGAAGCUAUUGCUUAUUACGAUCUAUGGAUAUGACAUGCCUAUUUUGGUAUGCCAAUCAACAGUAAUAACAUCAAUGUUUUGAAGGAAUCCAAUUUAUUUUCGAAGCUUUCUCAAUGUAUUGCUCCUCCUGCUAAUUACAUUAUUCAAGGAAAGAAAUAUAAUAUGGGUUAUUA